GAUAAUAUAAUAAGUAAUAAAAUAUAAAAUUCAAUUUCUUAUUGUUUCUUUAUUUAAAUUUACAAUUUACAUAUUUCUCCAAAUAUUUAAAGAACGUAAUUUUAAGAAAAAAUCACAUACACAGGGAACAAUAAUCAACAAUAUGUUUCGCCAAAUGUUUACCCGUGGAUUAUGCCGGGCUAUUAUUUUGCCCACCUAUAACUGCUUGAAAUCUGCUGCGGUGCAAAGCUCAAUGAAAUUUUCCAAUUUAGCUGCUUAUUACAUAUGGCCCAGAGGUCUUAGGUCUCAAAAUGGUUAUUUCUCGCGUUUGUAUUCUGAUAAAAUUGAACCACCGACAUUGACUGCUGAUUACAAGUAUGUGAAAAAAGCUACAACCAAUUCUUCUGUUUUAAUUGUUGAUGUAAGGGAACCUGAUGAAGUCAAGGAACAUGGAAAAAUACCAAAUAGCAUUAAUAUACCCUUGGGUACAGUUCCUGCAGUACUUGGUGAAAUGUCAGACAAACAGUUCCAGCAGACUUUCAACAGAGUGAAGCCAUCUGCAAAUACGGAGAUAAUAUUCUAUUGCAUGAUUGGAAAGAGGUCUGGCAAGGCUCAGCAGGAAGCUAUUAGCGCAGGGUAUAAAAAUACAAGGAAUUAUCAAGGCAGCUGGAAUGACUGGGCUAGCAAUCAACAGGCAGGAUAGACAGCGUAGUAACCAUCUUGUGAUCAAAAUAAUUUAUUAGUCUUGUUUUGUUGAGUCAAUUACAUAACGUGUUGUUUCAAAUGUUGGAAUAAAUUGUUGAUAUAACUUUA